UCUGGGGGCGCGUGCUGGGGCUCGGGCUCGGGCUCGGGCUCGAGAGAGUGUGGUGGAGUUGCAGAGGGUGGGCUGAGAGCUCCCUGCAAAAAGGAAAGAGUCUGGAAGGAGAAAUCUGAGGAAUGGAAACUGGAACUGGACGAGCAAGAGAUGGAAGCUGAAGCUCAGCCCUCAGUGACAGAAGCAGCAAAUGCCAGAAGCUUACGUAGUUAAGAAGAGCCGACUGCUAGCAAGAAAAUGACAUCUCUAGAAAAAGUUGACUAUGCCUCGUCACCCAUCCGAGGACCUGGAGAUGGCAUGGAAACAGAGCAGACGGGUGAAUCGGUGGAAGUAAGCACUGGAGCCAGCACUACAAACCAUCACGUCUGCCACAGCCCGCAGAAAAAGGCAGUCUCAUCACUGAGUCCUGGAGUUCUGCAGCUAGGGCAGAUACAUGCUGAUAAAUCAGUAGAGGUGGAAGCUGUGCGUAUAUUAGUCCCCAAAGCAGCUAUCACCCAUGUUGUUCCAACUAAAAAUGCUAAAGUAGCUAAAUCGGCAGGACAUAAAGGAGAUGCUUUCUAUCAGUCAGAUGGGAUUGCAGAUCCCAAGAAAGAACAGACUGAGCUAAAAAAUGCAAUUGAAAAGCUAAAGAAUUCAGAAAAGCGGUUGUUACAGGAUAAAGAAGGUCUCUCUAAUCAGCUGCGUAUACAGACAGAGGUGAAUCGGGAGCUGAAGAAACUACUUGUUGCUUCUGUUGGAGAUGAUCUGCAGUAUCACUUUGAACGGAUGGCUCGUGAGAAAAAUCAGCUUAUCCUAGAAAAUGAAGUCUUGGGCCGGAACCUGUCUCAGUUGUCUGAACAGCUGGAGCGCAUGUCUAUACAAUGUGAUGUGUGGCGAAGCAAAUUCCUAGCAAGCAGGGUCAUGGCUGAUGAGCUGACCAAUACCAGAGCAAUUCUUCAGCGUCAAACCAGAGAUGCACAGAGUGCAAUCCAGGAUCUGUUGAAUGAACGUGAUCAGUUCCGUCAAGAAAUGAUUCAUACACAAAAGCUGCUGGAGGAGCUGAUGGUUUCUCUUCAGUGGGGGAGACAGCAGACAUACUAUCCUAGUGCCCAGCCUUACACUACAACAGAGCUAGCGGCUGUGAACUGUAAACUAGCCAAAGCUGUAAGCUCACAUCUUCUUGGAAAUGUUGGAACUAGCAGUCCAAAAAAGACUUCAACGGCUGUGGAGUUUUGCAAUACCCCUGCUGAGAAAAUGGCUGAAAGGGUGCUGCGUGUACUGGAUCCAGCUGCACGUACAGAAACAUCAACAGAAGCUUCUUUUUCUGAGACUUCUCCCUCUUCCUUCCUUUCUACAAAGAAGAAUAUUGGAAGGUUUCACCCAUAUACAAGAUAUGAAGAUAUAACUUUCAAUUGUUGUGAUCACUGUCAAGGAGAGCUGAUAGCCCUUUAAAAACACGGCUAAUGUUUACAACUGCACAUGUGCUCUUUCUGAAGAAUCCCACGAGCUGGUGUUCAGCAGGCUUCCCUUUUUCCUGUUUCUUUCCAUAUGAGUGGGUUUAAAAUUGGAAAUCCUCCAUUUUCUGCUCUUCUGCCUCUUGAAGUCAGGGACUGACAGGACUUCCUAGUCUGUGGGAUACUUUACUGCUUUUCAGUUUGAAAAGCUACUUACUUCCUUCUACAAAGGCAAGACCAAAGACUUUAUGCUGGUCUAAUUUGUAGAGCACAGAGAUCCCUCUGACUAUGAAAGUUUGACAAUCUUAUUAGCAAAUCUUAAUGAAUUCAUCUUUAGAGGGAAGCAAAAGCGUAAACUAUACCAAAGGAAGUGCUAUAUUUUUAAAUAGUAAGAAAUAAAUAAUCAAAGGUCAAUAGAA